AACUUUUUUGUUUAAAAACCUUAAAAAAAUAUUCUACUUUCUUACAGGAAUUCGAUUGGACCGAAAAACAAAAGUCUUAUAUUCUCAGCAGUUUCUUUUGGGGAUACUGCAUUUCCCAACUCCCUGGAGGAUAUGCUGCUCGUAGAUUUGGUGCCAAAAGAACUAUUUUAACAGGCACAUUGAUGGGUACAAUUUUGGGUCUUUCAAUACCGUUUUGUGUAUUUUGGGGAGGUUGGAAAAUAUUUUGCGUCAUUCGAGUUCUUCAGGGUUUAACACAGGGAAUACUCUUUCCCUGUGUUUAUCAGCAUCUUGCAAAGUGGUCACCCGAAGAAGAACGAAAUCGACUUGGAGUUCUUGCUCAUUCAGGUAUUGAAUGUGGAACAAUUGUGGCUAUGUACGUUACUGGCAUGGUUGCCGCAUCAGAUUUAGGAUGGCCAGGUAUAUCAUACGUUUUUAGUGGAACGGGAUUGGUUUUUUGUUUACUCUGGCUAAUAUUUGCUGAAAAUAGUCCAGCUGAUUCAAAGUUUAUAACUGCUGCCGAAAGGAGUUACAUUCUUAGCUCACAAGCUAGUGUUGAAGAUUCCCAACAGAAGAAGAAGAGGCGUAUACCAGUUCCAUGGAAAGCUAUCCUAACAUCUGGUCCGUUUAUAUCACUUUUAAUAGCACGAUUAUGUGACACUUGGGGCUUUAUGACAAUGCAAGCUCAAAUUCCAUCUUAUCUUCAUGGAGCUUUGAAAAUGGAAAUUACAAAAAAUGCUUUCUAUUCAGCUUUGCCUUAUUUCACGAUGUGGGUGUGUUUGUAUAUGUUUAUGAUUUCAUCUGACGUGGCAUUAAGAAAUAAAUGGACUUCAUUGCUGAACGUACGAAAGAUUUGUAACACAUUUGCUAUGUGGGGUCCAGCAGCACUCCUGAUUGGCAUUGGAUUUCUUAACGAAACUCAACGAACCUUAGCUAUUACUUUUAUCACUUUGAAUGUUGGACUGAAUGCAGGUCAUAUUAUUGGAAGCUUGUUAAAUCUUAUUGACUUAGCACCAAAUCACACUGGUAUCCUUAUGGCUUUUGCCAAUACUUUUGCUGCUAUUGUUUCUCUGGUGUGUCCACUUGUUGUCGGGGUGAUUGUUCAUGAUGUGAGCGAUCGAUCACAAUGGCAGAUUGUGUUUUGGAUAGCAGCAGGACUAUUUUUCUUCGGGAACCUACAAUUUUUGUUCUUCGCCAAAACUGAUGCACAACCAUGGAACGAAGAUAAUUUUAUGACCAAGAGUGAUAAAGAAAAGGGUGAAAAAGUUCCAGAAAUAACUUCAGCAGAUAGUCUUCCUAAGAAAACUGAGUUGUAGUAGUUUAAAGAAUCACUUGCAUUAAAGAAGCUAUCCACUA